AUCGAGCCGCACACGAUUGGUCAAUUUGAACCGCGACGAACGCCAUGACGUCUUUUGUCACGUGAGCCGUGACGUCUUGCUGCUGUCAAUCAUUCCGUGUAGUCUGCUAACGGACGAACGCCACGGAACGGACGGAGAGUCCGUCCGAAGCGAUGGAACGGAUUAGAACGGCUACCAGACGGCUUGGAUUGGAUUAGAACGUAAGUGCUUGGGACAGUUAGCAUCUUUCGUAUGCGGUUCAAUCCGAUUCCGCGCUCCCAACGGUUGGAGAACAUGGCGUUUGGUUUCUCUGCCGUGCCUUUUCGUGUCGCCUGUGCGGCUGCUGCAGUCGCGCAGAGACGACGACCCGAGGUAGAUGAUGCAUUUGAAAAGUUGACGGAAGAAGAGUUCCGGCAAUAUUUUCGUCUGUCCAAACGAACAGUGCGUAGCUUGUGCGACGAGCUUGACCCUAUCAUUGGAUGCCAGCGAGCCAGUGGCCUUUCCACAGAAAGGAAGGUGUUGUGCGCGCUGCGAUUCUUCGGAACCGGAAGCUUCCAGAGGAGCGUUGGCCGCGAGGAACACGUAGGCAUGGCACAGUCGGCCGUGAGCAGCACCAUUCACGAGGUGAUGGAGGCCAUCAUUUCCGUGUCUGCCCGGAGAAAGUUGGUGGACUUUCCUUUCGCACCGUCUGCCAAGGAUGAGGCUAAGGCGGCGUUUGCGCGACGCGGCGCCAUUCCAGGCGUGCUAGCGUGCGUCGACGGCACGUUGAUCGCCAUCAUGAAGCCAGAGGGACUCAGCCCGGCCGACACGGCGAGCUUCAUGUCGAGAAAGGGUUAUUACGCCCUAAACGUCAUGGUCGUGUGCAACGCGGAACUUCGCAUUCUUGUUGUGGACCCCCGGUUCCCUGGUUCGUGCCACGACUCUUGGGUGUGGCAGCAUAACCCACUGCGUGCACGCCUAGCCGCACAACUGCAGCCUGGCAAGUAUCUGCUUGGCUAGUAUUCGUAAUGCGUACCCCUAACUAGGGCAGAGCACUCAGCUGUCACUGUCUGUAACAGGAGACUCAGGAUAUCCCCUCGAGCUAUGG